AUGUCCAAGAAAUUCACGGAAGACGCAAGAAAAGUGGGAACUAAGUACAAUGGUGCUUUUUCACUGAUGUUCAUGAGCUCAUCUCUGUUGAAAGAGCUCCGGGUUCCUGUGUCAGUGUGCACGGCCAGCUGUUCUCCAGGAACUCGUAAAGUGCUGCAGAAAGGAAAACCCAUCUGCUGUUAUGAUUGUUUACCGUGUCCUGAGGGAGAGAUUAGCAAUGCUACAGAUUCCCCUGAUUGUUUCCCUUGCCCCAAGGAGUUCUGGCCUAAUGCAGAGAGAGACACUUGUCUCCCCAAGCCUGUAGAGUUUCUUUCCUACAACGAGAUCCUAGGAAUCAUCCUGGCUGCAUUCUCAGUUGGUGGCGCCUGUCUGGCCAUUAUAACAGCGGCUGUGUUCUAUCGUCACAGGACAUCCCCCAUUGUCAGGGCCAACAACUCUGAGCUGAGCUUCCUGCUGCUCUUCUCCCUGACUCUAUGUUUCUUAUGUUCAUUAACUUUCAUUGGAGCACCCUCUGAGUGGUCCUGCAUGCUGCGCCACACAGCGUUUGGGAUCACCUUCGUCCUCUGUAUGUCUUGUGUUCUUGGAAAAACAAUAGUAGUGUUAAUGGCCUUCAGAGCUACACUCCCAGGUAGUAAUGUGAUGAAAUGGUUUGGUCCUCCACAGCAAAGAAUAACUGUAGUGUCUUUCACGUUUAUUCAAGUUUUAAUAUGUACUAUUUGGUUAGUUCUUAGUCCCCCUUUUCCAAUGAAAAACCUAACCAUAUACAAAAAGAGAAUCAUCCUGGAGUGUGCAUUAGGCUCAGCUGUUGGGUUCUGGACUGUGCUCGGGUACAUAGGCCUACUGGCUGUCUUUUGCUUUGUGUUAGCUGUCCUAGCUCGGAAAUUACCUGAUAAUUUUAAUGAAGCCAAGCUCAUCACCUUCAGCAUGCUGAUAUUCUGUGCAGUCUGGAUCACAUUUAUCCCUGCAUAUCUCAGCUCUCCUGGGAAAUUUACUGUGGCUGUGGAGAUAUUUGCCAUUCUGGCCUCCAGUUUUGGAUUAAUACUGUGUAUAUUUGCUCCAAAGUGUUUCAUCAUUUUGGUUAAGCCAGAGAAGAACACCAAGAAAUAUUUAAUGAACAAAAAUCAAUCCUAA